AUGGGAGCCGGGAAACCCUUUCCCCAGGGUGACGAAAGGGAUUCUUACGUUGUUGAAUUUGAAGGAUGCGAUGAUCCCCAAUAUCCCCAGAACUGGCCAUUUGGAUUCAAAUCAGGAUCAGUCAGCUUCGCAUUCGGCCCUAUUCUAUGGGGCCCUGGCUCUGAGCUUACGGGGCGCCGACUACCGCUAAUGAUCUCUAUGUUCGGGUUUUCUAUCUUUGCUGUUGCCGCCGCUACAUCAAAGGACUACCAAACCCUUAUGCUGACCCGGUUCUUUAGCGGCUUCUUCGCCGCCGGGCCUUUAGCGAUCGUCCCAGCCUGCUUCGCCGAUAUGUACGACGAUAGUCAAAGAGGAAUCGCCAUUACCGCUUUUGCUAUGGCUGUAUUUAUAGGCCCUUUCGCCUCGCCCUUUGUCGGUGGCUUUAUUGCCGAUAGUCACCUCCGAUGGAGAUGGACAAUGUAUAUUGCGUCUAUCAUGGGCUGGCUUAGUACAGUCUUAACCCUCUUUAUAAGGGAAAGCUACGCCCCUAUUAUCCUUGUUGCUAAAGCCGGACGUGUUCGUCGGGAGACUAAGAAUUUUGCUAUUCAUGCUCGGCAGGAAGAGAUCGAAGUUGACUUUCGCGAUCUUGUUAGGCAAAAUUUCUCUCGCCCGCUUCGAUUACUAUUCACCGAGCCUAUUAUCUUCCUUAUUACGAUAUAUAUGUCAUUUAUUUACGGACUAAUCUACCUUUUUCUGGGAGCAUACCCAAUCGUCUUCCAACAAGUACAUGGGAUGGACGAGGGUAUCGGUGGUCUACCAUUUAUUAGUCUCAUUAUCGGCCAAUUAUGCGGGGGUAUCUACAUCAUGAUCGACCAAGUUCAAUAUAAGAAGAAACUCGCAUUGAACCACGGAGUUCAGAUCCCGGAAUGGAGAUUACCGCCAGUCAUUGUUGGCGCGAUUACCUUCGCUAUCGGUCUCUUCUGGUUUGGUUGGACAGGCUAUACUAAUAAGAUCCACUGGAUGGCACCCGCCGCCAGUGGAUUAGUGACUGGAUUUGGGAUCCUAUGCAUUUUUCUUCAGUGCUUCAACUAUAUUAUUGACACUUAUCUUAUGUUCUAUAACAACAAUCAAACUAACCAGGGUUAUCUGACCAGCGCGGCAUCUGCCAUUGCAGCCAACAGUCUCCUUCGAUCACUCUUCGGCGCAGGAUUCCCAUUGUUCGCCGACCAGAUGUUCAACAACCUUAAAAUACAAUGGGCGGGCACACUUCUUGGAUGUCUCGCGACGGUCAUGGUCCCGAUUCCUGUUGUCUUCUACUUCUAUGGCCAUAAAAUUCGAGGUUGGAGCAAAAAGUCGGGGAAAUAA